CGAUUGUUACUGCACGAGAUACCUUAAUUACGCCCUCCUUCACACACCCCACGAUGUCUUUAUCCUGCCAAUUCGCGGCCAGAAGUGCCGUUCGCUCCUUGAGGGCCGCGGGGGGAGUUAGAGUUGCAUCUGCGACGCUUGCCCAAUGGCGAUGGAACUCGACAGAGGCUGCGACCAACCCAAAGAUCUCCACGAUCGUUGACCAGAUCAGCCAAUUGACUCUUCUCGAGACUGCCGACCUUGUCUCUACCCUUAAGACCCGCCUCAACAUCCCAGAUAUGCCAAUGGGAGGUUUCGCCGCCGGUCCAGCAGCCCCAGCCGCCGCAGUCGAGGAGGAGGCCGCUCCAGUACAAGCCGAGAAGACCCUCUUCAACCUCAAGCUCGACUCUUUCGAGGCUGGCUCGAAGCCAAAGAUUAUUAAGGAGAUUAAGAGCAUGCUUGGCCUGAGCUUGGUGGAUUCGAAGAAGUUCGUUGAGUCGGCACCGAAGAUGAUGAGGGAAGCUGUGCCAAAGGAGGAGGCAGACAAGAUUGUGGAGCUGUUGAAGGGACUUGGUGCCAAGGUUACGAUGGAGUAAACUGGCACCACUGUAUAUCUAGGAAGCAUCAUGUUGGAAUAGAAGCAUUGCCGGGGCGGAAGAUAUUGUACCAUUAGCAUAGGGGUUU